AUGUCGAGUGAAAUUUCGCUGAGCUUCCGCUCUAUAACUUCACCCGUGACGGCGAUGACGAGUUCGUUGGAUUUGUAGUGUCUACGGUACUGUCCCUUUCUUUUGAUUCUCUGACUUAUUUCUCAUCCAGGAAUGCUUUGUCGGGGCCAUCCUGAUCAUGCUUAUCAUCUUGGGAUGCUUCAAGAUUCCCUCAAUGCGUACACCUUUCGGAUAUCUCACUUUGAAUCAGUGCACAUGCCAGAUCAUUGCUUGUCUCUCCGUUAUGAUCUUUUUCUUCGUCGGGCUAGUUCUGUAAGUUUAGGCGCUUCAGUUAGAUGAAAUAAAGCGAAUUGGCCGUUCAGUGACUACCGUCCAAUCCUUGAGUACUCGUUCAUCAACGGCGGCAUCUCUUUGUGUCUCCUCGGAAUCAUUGUCAUUUCCUACUUCCUGAUGUCCUUUAACCGUCUCAGCGCCAUUCUUUUUCCAUUUCAAUAUCGGUACAUGUUCAGGUCAGAGUUGGUCCUAGUAGUCAGUCUGAUGAACUUUCCUAACUUUAGUAGCAAACCAUUAGCCUGCAUGAUCGCCGCCAGUUGGACUGUUCCAUUGGCUGUCAGUCUUUACCUUCUCUUUGCAAGUGGGUUGAACACUUUUAUCCGGCUCGCGUUCAUCUUUUAUUCAGAAGAUUGCGGAUUUCAGUUCUACCGCUACGGCUGGACUUUCUCCACAGCGCCCAAACGCGAGGUUUUGAUCCCCAUGCUCUUCUUACUCACUCCGUUCCGAUUAUUCAGAAGUGCGGCUCUUCGCUCAGUCUCUAUCUGGUUCUCAGUCAAAUGCCAUUCACGAUUGCAACCAUCGUCUGUGACGUCAUCACCCUUUCGUUUCUCGUCUUCUGGAGAGCCCGUGUGUUCAAAUCGAAGAGCGCCGAAACGAAGCGGAGAGAGAUGAACUUUGCACGGCAAGUGCUCGCCCAAGGCGUCGUAUUUCUGGCGCACAGUGGCUGGUACAGCAAGGGAAGGAAUCUAAUUCCGGGCUUCUCCGAAGAAUGGAGAAUCUUCCUGACGACUUCAUUUUCGUCCAACCUCCUUCAUUUGUUCGACGCGUACGUCAUCAGAGACAUAACCCGUUCCCUGCAUUUUGACUCUUUUCAGAAUGGUGGUGUUCACGUGCAACUUGGAGUUCAAGGACUGGCUCAUCAAGGAGAGAAAGAAGCAAACGUCCAUACUUGUGUCCACAAUUCAUCAUUUGGGUGGAAGUCAUUGA